AUGAGCCAACUAACUCUCCGCGAACAAUCUCCGACGCUCGCCAGACUUCUCGAUGAAUAUGAUGAACCCGAGAGCACCGAGUCCUCCACAUCUCCAAAUUCUCAAGAUGAUCCGAGUCCAGUGGAUUGGGAGGUGUGCCGUCCAGUGAAGAUCGAGCCAACAGUGGAGACUAUCGUCUUGCCGAGAGGUCAAGGCUUUGACUACAAUCGAUGGAGCGAGUCGGAUAUCAGGAAAUUCCUCUUCUGUCUGAUCCGUUCAAAACCCAUCAUCGACGUCAUCAUGUCACAUGAAGUGACUGGAAGCUCCCUCUUCUCAUGCUUCCUGCAUGAGGAGACCAGUGAGAUCUUCCGUCGAAUGGUCGGCCUGACUCAAGGCCAGGCGCUGAAGAUCCGAAUGACCUUGGGAAGAGUCCACAACGUUCUCUACGGCUUGGAUUGA